AUGACCCAGACAUUCUCUCCCCAUAGAAUCCUGCAGCUCGCUCAGCAUAAAGUCUCCAAAACAGAAUGGGUGACCACACCUUGGAGGUUGACAUGGGGGAACCAGGAGACCAUAUGGCCGCUUUCUUAUGCUGCCCUCUGCACACUUCCCACAGAGCGAAUCCAGCACCUCGCUAAGCACAAGAGAGACUUUUCUGCAUGGGAAAAUGAGUCAAGCAGGAAAGUGGAGGAGGGACGGUCCUCCAGGAGUGACCGCCCAGCCUCCAAAACCAUCCAGUACGAGGACCUGAUCCGACUGUCAACUCCCAAGUACUGGUCUCGAAGCUCCCAAGAAAUCAGGCCGCCUCACACGACGUGGUGCGAGCACAGCUGGCCGAUCUGGAACAGCGACACGAGCGCGCGCCCCCCUGCCCUCUCGCCACGCCUCCUGCAGCUAGCCAUCCCCAAAAGGACGCACCCCGACUUCAAAGGCAACAGGGAGUUGGUGGAGACAUAUAUCUCCAACUCUGCAAAAUCAGCUCACACAAGCCCAAGGGUGGACCAGCUCUCCAGGCCCAAGACGAGGGAGAGCAACAUGUUCUUUGAGCUGGGAUACCCUGAGGAACCCAUUCGCCCAGUUUCAAAGUAUGCCAGAAGGGCCACAGCAUCUCCUCGGAUUAAAAGCCUGGCGGUACCUAAAGGAGUUGUGAAGGACUAUGUCCCUUUACGGGAUCCGAUAUGGAUCCCACCUCGCACUAUACGGACAGCAGAAGCCUCCAUCAGGACACAGGAACUUCGCUAGCCUGUAGCUGGAAGAAAAAAACAGCAUAAAAGAAUACAAAGAAUGAAGACAUGUAGUUGAAAGCCCAUAAACGGCUGUUGUGAUCUGUAGCAUAGCUGCUCCACGUGCGGUGGUAACUGGCUGCCUUUUCUUUCACUGUAUGUUUGUUCUUGUGAGGAGUUUGCUUUCAACAUUUUUCAGAUGAGAUUGAAGUAUUACCUUCUCUCUGGCAUGUGGGCAGCGCAAGCUGGCUUCC